AUGAUGUUGACCCUUAGGAUACCCUGGACGAGUCAGACAUUGGACAAACAUGUCGGUGAUUCUACGGACAGUGAUAAUGAAGAAAAAGAAGAUGGUGAACUCGAAGAGGGUGAAGUUGAAGAAGAGUUUGAUGAAACUCCUCAACAAAAAGAUGAUGCCAAGGAAAAUAAUCGUGAAAAUAAUAGUGCAAAUGAUUCAACCACAGAACAAGAUAGUUCAAUUGAUAUGAAUAAUCAUUCAAAUAUGGGCUCACAAAAAUUUCGACGCCGUGAAUAUCAUCAUCAUCAUUUAGGUCAACAACGUUUAAAUAAUACCGGAGGACAACAAGAUAAACGUAAUAAACAUGAACAACGUAGAAAAAGACGUCAUAGUGGCGAAGAACGUGAUGAUAGAAAUCGAAGACCAUUUAAACGUGGAAGAUUUCGUGGUGGACCACUGCCAGAUUUAAAUGAAGAUGGUGACGAAGAUGAUAUGAUGGGUCCAACCUGGCCACCGAGAGGACCAAAUCGCGGUCAACGUAAGCAACAGUCUGAUAUAAUGUCGAAUGAAAAUUCUGAAAACACGGAAACAACGGAUCAACUUUCAUCGAUAAAUCCAUUAAUGGAAUCUAAAAGUGAACAAUCGAUACCAAGUGAUGAAACAACAUCACCCGUAAAUGAUACAAAUGAUGAUGAGAAUAUAAAUACAGAUGAGAAACAAGAUCGUUCAAAUCGUUCAAGAUUAUCAAGAACAAAUCAACAGCAAAAUCCUAUGAAUAUUGAAAAUCGCGGUAGAAGAUAUUAUGAUGGAAACACAAAUAGUAAUAAUAAUAAUCCGAAUAAUCGUCGAUCCAAUGAUCGUUCAUCAUGGCAAGAUCGAUCGGGUAAUAAUAAUAGUGGAAAUAAUUCAAAUUCAAAUAAUAACCAAAGAUUUCGAUCUGAUACUGGAUCAUCAACAAAUCAUAAUCCACCAUUAUGUAAAUUCUUUGUCGAAAAUCGUUGUAUGAAAGGUAAUGAAUGUCUGUUCAGUCAUGAUUUUAAACCACAAAAGAAAAUGGAAGUAUGCAAAUAUUAUGUUCAAAAUAAAGGUUAUUGCCAAAAAAACGAUCUAUGUCCAUAUUUACAUGGAGAAUUUCCAUGUAAAUUUUUUCAUACCGGUACAAAAGAUUGUAUGCAAGGUGAUCGAUGUAAAUUUUCACAUGAUUCAAUAGCCAAUGAUGACAUUCGUUUUGCCUUUGAACGAUUUCUCAAUGAUUCCGAUGAAAUGAAUCGACAAAAUCGUGCCAAUACCAAUGCAAACAUGCAUCAUAAUACAAAUCCUCCAACAGUUAAUUUUGAUGUUAUGAAUGCGCCACCACUACCACCUCCGCCGCCUGUUCCUGGUUCUUUGACGGAUCCAUCGAAUUUUCCUAUGAUACCAAAUUUAAUGGAUUUAUUGUUAAGAAAUGCUCCGCUUGCAGCAGUGCCAACAUCAAUGGACACAACUCAUACAUCAAAUACAGAAACAACAGCAACAACCAUUAAUGCUACACAAUCAAGUCCACCUGCUCAAAGACCAAAUCUAUUUUCGGAUACACUCUCUACUGAAAAAACUGACAACGAAGAAUCAUUAACAAAUAAAAUGACGUCCUCAACAACAAACAGUACCAGUCCAUCAUCAUCAUCAUCUACUCAAAAUGCAACAUCAUCUGUUGAUAAUACACCAUCAACAACAGUUACAACUGUUGCUGCUAGUACUUCUUCAGUGACAACAACUACAACAAAUGCUACCUGCCCAUUGCCUUUACCACCAGCAACAAUGAAUAAUCCUAAUAUGAAUUUGCCAUCACCAUUCGGUCGUCUACCACCACCGAAUUUAACGCGACCACCAUCAUCGCUUCUACCACCACCGCCACCACAUAAUUUAUUUCACAUGAAUAACCUGGGCGCAGGACGUGUACCAAUUAUGUUUCCAACAAAUAAUGGUUUACCAUUACCACCACCACCACCCAAUACAUUAUAUCCUAUGAAGUUAUUAGGUAAAAUUUCUAAAACAAAACAUUUAUUUAUGUACAAAAUCUACUAUGUCUUUUGCUUUUGUGAUUAUUUAGCUCAAGCUGCUGCAUUAGCCGCAGUUAAUGCUGCUGUAGCAACCAAUUUUACCAACGCACCACAUCAUCAUCCUCAAUCACCAAGUCCUCACCUAGGUCGUGACAUUGAUGAACGUGAUCGACAAUCGUCGACAACUAUGCGCGGUGAUAUUGAUGAACGACCAUCUGAUGUUUAUAAUCGGCCAACGACAAAUCUUGGUCAUUUACAAGCGCCAACAAACUUAAGUUCUCCGAACCCAUCAUCACCAACCCUGACAUUGACUGAUGAACAUUUAAAAACAAAAUCAAUACAAGAUAUAUUUCGUCCACCAAAAUCAACACCUAUUGAUGCAUUAUCCAAUCCAACACCACCGAACCCUACAGUUGGACCAUCAUUUGACUUUAUUUCAAUGCUUGAACAACUUAAACAACCAAGACAAAUGCAAUCUGUUGAUGCUUCUCAUGAUUCACUUGAAAUCCGUAGCUCAUCGAACCAGUCAUCUGUUUACAUUCUACGCCCAGUACUUGUCUCAUUUAAACCAUAUCAAUUACCUGAUAAAUUAACAGAUCCACGUAUUGGAAAAUAUCAAGAAAAAAUGUUUCAAUGGUCAGAACAAGCAAGAUUGGAACGCUUUAAAGUGCCAACACUACCUUCAAACAACUAUUCAGUACCAUUAAGAAUGCAACAACAACAACAACAACAACAACAACUUCAACCACAAACAUUGAUAAAUGAUACGAAUUCUUCGCGCGAUCCACGUUUACUACGAAACAGUGUUACAAGUAGUAAAAUCGGUGUUUCAAUUCUUCCUACACUUUCAACGUUUGUUCGACCACACGAUAAUAUUCUAUAG